ACCACCACCGUCAUGGCCACUCGCUAUAACAACAUGAUCAUCCGAUCAAGACCCUGGUACAUAUUCAAACGUCUCAAUUCAACCAAACCAUUCUUUACAUCCACUCCCAUUUUCUACGUCAAUGCCGCACCCCAUAUUGGACAUCUUUACUCCAUGUUAUUGGCCGACGUGAGAACCAGGUGGGAAAAACUUGACCCAAAUAAAAAGGCAUAUUUCCUAACAGGUACAGAUGAACAUGGUCUUAAGAUCCAAGCAGCAGCAGAGAAACAAGGAAUCGACCCUAAGUUGUUUGUCGAUCAAGUGUCUACCAAUUUCAAAGAUUUAGCUAACCUCGUUAAUAUAGAUUAUGAUAGAUUUAUCAGAACCACAGACGCAGAUCACAUCACUUUGGUACGUCACUUUUGGGAAAUGAUGAUGGAAAAGGGGUACAUCUACCAAGGAUCUCAUAAAGGGUGGUAUUGCGUUAGCGACGAGACUUUCUACCCCGACAAUCAAAUUGAAGAGUUUGUGAAUAAGGAAGGAGAAACCAAAAAGAGAUCAAUUGAAACCAAGAAUGAAGUGGUGUAUCAAGAGGAAAACAACUAUUUCUUUAAGUUAUCUGAAUUCCAACUGCAAUUAUUGACUUUCCUCAAGAGCAACCCUGACUUUAUCAAACCCAAAUCCAAGUACGAAUUAAUAGUCAAUGAAUUGACCAAGAACAAAUUACCCGAUUUGUCAAUUUCUCGUCCUGCUUCGAGAUUAAAAUGGAGUAUUGAAGUUCCUAAUGACCCUACUCAAAAAAUGUAUGUUUGGUUCGAUGCCCUUUUAAACUAUUUGACAGCAGCUGGAUUCCCUCAAGGUUUCACCCUUGGCGAACAAGGACAGUAUAUAACUUCACCAACAAAUAUUUGGCCAGCUACUCAUGUUAUUGGUAAAGAUAUUGUCAGAUUCCAUUGUAUAUACUGGCCUAUUUUCUUGAUGGCUGCAAAGAUUGAUCUUCCAAGACAAGUUAUAGUCCAUUCCCAUUGGUUAGUUGAUGGAGUUAAGAUGUCAAAGAGUUUAGGUAAUGUCAUUGACCCAGUUGAUAUAUCCAAAUAUUAUGGUAUUGACCCAGUAAGAUUUUUCCUUAUUGAAAAUUCCAACAUUGCCGAUGAUUGUAAAUUCAGCGAGGUUGCACUUAGUAGUACCAGAGAUAUGUUACUUGGAAAAUACGGAAACUUGUUUAUGCGUAUCGGGGCAAAGAAUUUCAAUGUACGCGAAUCGGUUCAAGAUUAUCAUUCAGGGAAGUUUACCAAUAUUGAAGAUACUAUAAAAGCCCACACUAUAAACAGAGAUUCUGUUGACAUCCUCAUUCAACAACGACAAGAGCUAAUUGAAAAACUCGAUUCCUUGUACGAGAGAAUGAAUGAAAACUUUGUCAAUUUUGACUCUAUGAAGGCAAUGCAGUCUUGGUGGUCAGUGCUUGAUGCUACCAAUGGAAUUUUCCAAACUGCCGAGCCUUGGUUAUAUGCCAAAAAGAUAAAACAGGAUGAUCCAUCAAAGCAAGAAUAUGCAAACUUGAUCAGUUCAUAUGUAUUUAUGUGUGCCGAAACAUGUAGAAUUACUUCGAUAUUACUUCAGCCAAUUGCCCCAGAAUUAGCAGAGAGAAUGUUGGAUAGAUUAGGAGUGGCCAAGGAUAAUCGAAAUUCUACAUUUGCUAAAUUUGGAGCAGAUUCUAGUUAUGGAGCUGGUGCCAAUGAUAAGGGACAUAAAGUUCCUCUCGAAAAGGUUGAGCUUAGAAUAGAAGCGGAAAGUUAGAUUGUAUAACUUGUAAAUAGACAUGUAUAUAACUACAAUGAAACGUUAUACCAAUUACUAAA